ACGCUUUUCGCUCACACAGGAGGCUACACAACAACACUGGAAGUGACGGCCGAUUUUUUAAAGUUGUUUCGAAAUUAAACAACUAAAUAAGCAUUAACCUGAAGCAAACGACAGUGAGAGAGGAGCAGUGGGGAUAUGGCGGUGUAUUUUGACCACCGUAUUGAGGCCCCUGAAAACAGUGAUAUACCCUGUCAGUUGAUCUGGCACCCAGCUCUUCCUGUACUGGCUGUGGCAUCAAGCAGCUCCAAUACUGGAGGCAAUGUAGACCUCUACCUGCAACAGGGAGAGCAUGUGGAGAGCUGCCAUUUAGAACUGACACACCAGGCCACAUUGCUUCGUUGGCAUCCCACAAAACCAGUGUUGGCAAUUGGCUGGGAGAAUGGAGAAGUAGUGCUGCUGACACACCCCUCUGGAGAUCAGACAGUUCUUCCCAGCACACAUGCAGCCUGCAUCACACUGCUGGAGUGGAGUAGCUCGGGCAGCCGCUUGGUAACUGGUGAUCAGACUGGAGCGCUAGCAGUAUGGAAGGUAGAUGCUAGAGGGAGACUUCAUGGAAACCAUCUUGUGAAGCAUGAAUACAACAAACCUCUAACUUGCUGCAUCUUCAGACCGGCCUCGCCUGGGGAUGAUGUGGCAAUGCUGGCCCGGGCAUCAGUUAGUGGUGAUGAGAGUGCUCUGGACAUGUUCAGCUGGAAGGGAGCACCUCUUAAGAUGGGCCCACAAGAGGGACUUGCAUUCUAUGUCAGCACUGCAGAUGGUAAGGUCCACUGUGUGGAUGAGUAUUGUAAGACAAGCACACUUCUCACUGUGGAGGGCGCAAUCAAGAAACUGCUCUACCUGGAGAAAAGAGAGGUGCUUGCUGUGAUCACAGAAACCCUGAUGUUGUCACAGUACACUCUUGGACCUGAGGGAGGAGCCCAGGAAUUUAUGAAGGUGAAGUUGAGCAGCAAGACUGGGCAGAAUGUAGACAUUGUCUGGACAGAGAAUGGCCUCCUCAUCACAGCAACAGGGGAACAGAUUGUCAGGGUGUGGGACCUGGACGGAGAUGACAACUAUGUUUUGCAUCUUGAUGAAACUCUGGGUUUUGAGAGAGGAGAGAUGAUCAACUGUGUUUCAUACUGUGCAGGAAAAGAAAUAUUGGCAGCUGGUACUAGCCAUGGCCGCAUAGCAAUAUGGAAGAUGGUGGUGCAGUCAGGCAGCAGCAGAGGUGAUACAAAGGCCCAGUGGAAGCUACAGGCACCCACAGAAAUAGAAGGAAAUGUCAUUCAGCUGCAGUGGGGCUCGAGCUUGAAUCUGCUGGCAGCCAAUAAUUCAAACACAGUGCUGAUCCUGUGUGAGCAUGUCAUGUCAGCUGACUUCAGCCAGCAGGUGGCAGCAGUGCAGCUCACGCCAACUCAGCUCAGCAUCACUCAGUUCACCACAGGAGUGCACCUCGCUCUGCAGUCUGACAUUCACAUCAAGGGAGUUUGUGUUACAAAGGAUUCAGUGACAGUCUGGAGUGGCAAGCAGGUCACUGUGUAUGAGCUUUCAGGGACAGUUCUACGCAAUACAGGAUCUUUUGCUUGUGACACUCAUGUCGUAGCUGUACAUGGGGAGAACCUCUACACCGUGGAGCCUAACAGGGUCCAGAUUCGCACACCACAGGGCACCGUGAAGCAACUGCUGACUUUCUCCAAAGCAGAAGGCAACCCUGUACUCCUGAGUGUGUGUGGGUCUUACCUGGUGGUAGGGACAGACACAGCACACAUUAGAGUAUUUGACCUCUCUCGAAGAGAUGCCAAAGCUAACUGCAGUGCUAAGAACCUGCCUGAACAGAUUGCCAAUCUGGGAGCCCUGAGGUCAGUCAAAUGCAACGCUAAUGGCAGCCAAGUCAGCAUCCUAAUCUCUCAGGUUAACGGGCGACCGGAUCACAAAGUGUACUUUUAUGACGUUGAGAUGGACACUGUGACACACUUUGACUUCUUCGUUGGCAGACCGUCCAGUGGUAUCUCACAGCCAGAAGAAAGUGAAAGGCAGCAGCUUCAGGGGACGGAGCUCAGCGGUCGCUGCCCUGUAUCUCACUUCUGGGAUGAGAGUGAAUAUCGUCUUUUUGUGUGUGAGACUGUGCCAAUCAGCUCUGAAUCCUCAUCAAUUAGUUUCUUAGAUACGAUGGACGUGUCCGUAGUGACACUCUUCUGUACGCAGGAGCAUGGGCUCCUCCUACAGGACUGCUACCCCAAACCUUCAGGCCUGCAGGCGCUCCUCGCUCUGGAUGUGCCCUACUAUUAUUUCAGCUGCAAGCCUGGCGAGAGAGAUCCAGGGUUACCAGAAAUUUCAGGCACAACAUCAGCACCUCCGCAGCAGCCAUCAAAGGGUUCAGCAGCCCAGUUCCCCCAUAUGGUGUCCAGGCGAGCUCUCAGAGACUUUGUGGGCCUGGAGAACUGUGAGAAGGCAACGCGUGACGCCAUGCUCAACUUCAGCUUCUACCUGACCAUCGGCGAUAUGGAUGAAGCCUUCAAGUCUAUCAAGCUCAUCAAGAGUAAAGCGGUAUGGGAAAACAUGGCACGGAUGUGUGUGAAAACCCGCCGACUGGAUGUGGCACGUGUGUGCCUUGGGAAUAUGGGAAAUGCCAGGGCAGCAAAAGCGCUGAAGGAGGCGGAGGCUGAGCCCGAGCCAGAAGCACAAGUGGCAAUGUUGGCCAUUCAGCUCGGCAUGCUGGAAGAUGCAGAAAAGUUGUACAAGAGCUGUCAACGCAAUGACUUGCUGAACAAUUUCUACCAGGCCUCUGGCCAAUGGCAGCAGGCUUUGGAUACAGCAGAAAACCACGACCGCAUCCAUCUGCGGACCACCUACUACAAUUAUGCCAAAUACCUUGAGUCCAUGGGCGACAAGACCCUGGCCCUGACAUAUUAUGAGAAUUCUGACACACAUCGGGUCGAAGUUCCCAGAAUGCUCCAGGAUGACACAUCAUCUCUAGAGAUAUACGUUAAUAAAAAGAAAGACAAGAACAUCUAUAAGUGGUGGGCCCAGUACCUGGAGAGCCAGUCAGACAUGGAUUCUGCGCUGCGUUUCUAUGAAUCUGCGCAGGAUUACCUCUCCCUGGUUAGAGUCCACUGCUACAUGGGGAACAUUCAGAAGGCAUCUGAGAUAGCCAAUGACACAGGUGACAGGGCAGCAUCAUACCACCUGGCCAGACACUACGAGGGCCAUGAUGACAUCAAACAGGCUGUCCACUUCUACACACGAGCCCAGGCCUACAACAAUGCCAUACGCCUUUGUAAGGAGAAUGGCUUGGAUGACCAGCUGAUGAAUCUGGCUCUGUUGAGUAACGCAGAGGACAUGAUGGAGGCUGCCUGUUACUACGAGGAGAAAGGCACCCACAUGGAUCGAGCUGUUGCACUCUAUCACAAGGCUGGUUACGUCUCUAAAGCUCUGGAGUUGGCCUUUGCCACUCAGCAGUUCUCUGCACUUCAGUUGAUCGCUGAGGAUCUGAAUGAGUACUCUGACCCAGCCCUCCUAGCACGCUGCUCUGACUUCUUCAUCACACAUUCCCAGUACGAUAAGGCUGUGGAGUUACUGGUUGCAGCCAAAAAGCACCAUCAAGCCUUGGAGUUGUGUGUGACCCAGAGCUUAACCAUCACAGAGGAGCUGGCAGAGAGAAUGACUGUAACUGAUUCAAAAGACUUGUCUGAAGAGGCUCGAAAGGACUUACUGGAGAGGAUAGCAGACUGCUGUAUGCGUCAAGGCAAUUACCACCUGGCCACAAAGAAAUACACACAGGCGGGCAACAAACCCAAGGCCAUGCGGGCACUCCUCAAGUCGGGUGACACAGAGAAAAUAGUGUUCUUCGCCAAUGUUUGUCGUCAGAAGGAGCUUUUCAUAAUGGCCGCCAACUACCUCCAGUCUCUGGACUGGCGGAAAGAUCCAGAGAUCUUGAAGACAAUCAUUGGUUUCUACACUAAAGGCAGGGCACCGGACCUGCUGGCUGGCUUCUAUGAAGCCUGUGCUCAGGUGGAGAUUGAUGAUUACCAGAACUAUGAAAAGGCUCUAGAUGCUUUGUCUGAGGCUUACAAGUGCCUCUCAAAAACAAAGGACGCUUCAGCUGGACAACAGGAAGUAAGACUGGCAGACCUGCAGCAUAGACUCACACUCAUCAAGAAGUUUGUCCAUGCACGCAGGUUGUAUCCAGAGGAUGCUGGUGAGGCGGUGCGGUUAUGUGAAUCUUUGCUGGAGGAGCCGGAGUUGGACCCUGCUGUCAGGAUUGGAGAUGCAUUUGGUUUCAUGGUGGAGCACCACUGUCAGCAAGGCAACUUCCAAGUGGCCUACCGUAAGCUGGAGGAGCUCCAGAAACUUUUGCCAUCACAGAACGUCAGGUACUACAUCAGCCAGGCCAGCCUGGAGGCCCUGCAGAAAGAGAUGGGUGUACCUAUCGAUCGUGGUGAUCGCAGGCAGAGUGUGAAGGAGGAGGAUGAAGUGGAGGAGGACUUAAAUGUAACUUAGAUUUAACUUUUUAUUUACAAGACCAUGGAUAUGCCAGAGUCUGCACUUUCUCACACCGGGAAUGAGUUACCAACACAUUGGUGAAGCAGUAAUCGGUUGUAAAAGAAAGCACUUGAUCAUUGCACUGUGGACGAGCACUGUGAAGUGAAGACAGGAGAGACGGGAGGAAGGAAAUCUGCACCAGGACACAUAAAGUUAAUUAAAAUCUUCCACACUCAUAAAGACUGGAUGUCUCCUACCUCAAAAAACUAUAUUUUGACCUGCAAUACAAUAUGACAACAUAUGACUGAGGAACAAGAAUCAACACUAGAGGCUUUCAUUGUGGAGCUCAGAUACUUGAUCUUAUUUAAAAACUCUUUCAACCUAAUGCAGAGGUACAUUCAGAUACACUCUAGAUCUCCUAAAAUCUAAAAUGUAAUCCUUAAUAUAUAUGAUCUGUAAGAAAAAUAUAAAAUAUAAUGCAGCUCUUUUAUUCUACCUUCAAUCCUUAAUUAAUUUUACAGCUGCAGAAUUGAUAAUUACAGAUUAUAGCCUUUUUGCUGGAUUUUAUAUCUAGGUUUGGCUCUGAAUGUGCUGUUUGGUAAAUGUAUCCCCUUAUGAUCUCAUUAUGUGGUUUAUAUGCAUUGGUACAAUGUAUUUUUUAAAUAAUACAAUUCAUUUUUAAAAUUGUAAGUGUCCUCUCAGUGUCAAAACUCGUAUCUCUACAAAGCAUUUUUCAGCUAUUUUUGAUAACUUGUGAGUCGAUUUCUACCUAUAUUAUGUGAAUUAAUGUAUUUUACAUUACACUGCAUUGUUCUUAUACAAGUUCCUAUAAUAAAACUUUUUAAAAAUAAAUAAAUUGUACUAUGUAUUAUAUCAGUAGUGGUAUUUAUAUUCAUAGGCCUGUAAUCGACUUCAAAAAUAGUGAAGCUGUGCAAAAUUGUUUAGUCUUUAUUGAGUUCUCCAAACAUAUAGUAAGCCUGUUACUUCUUGGUCAGUUUCCACCAGGGUUGGAGAGUAAAAGAUGACAUGUAAUCAGAUUACAGCAUUACUAAAAUCAGCCUAGAUUACAUUUGAAGGAAAAAGUGCAAUACGAUUAUAGUUUUAUUGAUAUGUAGUAGUUGAUUACAUCUUUAAAGUAUUCCCAGUUUUGUUAAGGGUGACAUAUGUUUUGUUUUUUAU